ACCACUGCGUGCACUUAUACCCCCGCUCUUCCACCCCCAGCUUCCCCAGCGCAGCCCAAGCUGGCGUCGCUUGCGUGCGCCAUCCCGCCAACCACCCACCCACCAAACCCACUCACACGCCCAGCCCGCUCCACCGCUCUGCAUGCAUGCGGGGUGCGGCGAUUUGCAGCGGGGUGCAGCGCAGCCGCUGUCUGCAGGCGCCUGUGAUUUGGCGGCCCGACGCACUACCCCGCCUCCGUGGGGUCGCGACCAUGCUGCACCGUCGUCUUGUUCAUCAAUGGCGUGCUUGGCCUUGCUGGGCUGUGGGUGGGGUGCCCAUCGUGGCGACUGGAGAGCAGAAGCAUGUGGGGCUGAUUAGUGAACGUACGUGGUCGAGGUGGGGUUGGGUCGGCUGGAGGACGAGGUUACACAGCUUUCAGCGCGAGCCUCGACGACUGCCCUUCUUGUCUCGAACCGGUGAGGCGAGCGUACUAUUCCUGUGACGAGGCUGCGUGCCAUUUCUGGAGUCCAGGUGUCGUGUGCAUGCGGGGCUUGUGGUUCGCCGUCCUCGUGUUUGUGGUUAAUGACUUUAUGCGUUAGUCGUAAAUAGUUGGCGUCGCGGUACAAACAAUGUCUAAAAUUAACCCGAUGAAUUAGUGCA